AUAUCAAUUUUACUUAUAUCAUAUAUCAUAUUUGUAUUGCAUCAAUAUCAUAUAAUUGAAUAUUUGAGUUAUAAUAGUAAUUGAAUAGUAGAAAUAUGACGUCGAUUGGUACGGGUUAUGAUUUAUCUAAUAGUGUGUUUUCACCAGAUGGAAGAAAUUUCCAAGUAGAAUAUGCCAUGAAGGCAGUAGAAAAUGGUGGAACAUCAAUUGGGAUUAAAUGUAAAGAUGGUAUAGUGUUAGCCGUGGAAAAGAUUAUAAAUUCUAAAUUAUUAGUUCCAGGAAAGAAUAAAAGAAUUCAAACUAUUGAUAAACAUAUUGGUGUGGUAUAUUCUGGUCUUUUACCAGAUGGUCGUCAUUUCGUUAAUAGAGGUAGAGAUGAAGCUCAAACUUUUAAAUCAUUUUAUAAAACUCCUAUUUCAGUUCCUCAUUUAAUGGAUAGAUUAGGUAUCUAUGUUCAAAAUUAUACUUGUUAUAACUCAGUAAGACCAUUUGGAGUUGUCUCAAUCGUUGGAGGUAUAGAUGAUGAUGGUCCUCAUUUAUAUAUGAUCGAACCAAGUGGUGCAUGUUGGGGUUAUACUGGUGCUGCUACUGGUAAAGGUAGACAAACUGCCAAAUCAGAAUUAGAAAAAUUAGAUUAUGAAACUAUAACUGUAAAGGAAGCUGUUAAGACUGCAGCAAAGAUAAUCCAUCAAGCUCACGAAGAUAAUAAAGAUAAAGACUAUGAAUUGGAGAUCUCGUGGAUUUCUUUAGAAGAAACCAAAGGUAGACAUGAAUUUAUCCCUGAAGAUUUAUUAGCCGAAGCAAGAAAAUUUGCUGAAGAAGAAGAUGAAGAAGACGAAGAAGAAGAGGAAGAUGAUGAAGAAAUGGAAAGUUAGA